CCGAAUGUAUGUACAUUGGACAUUUUAAUUUCGUAAUGACUGAUUCAUUUAAAUUUGAUACGUUUUGUGUUGCAUUUUGGGAGAUGUGGUUUACCACUACUCGAGGCGGAGCUCAGUCAUGAUGAAACUUGGACCAACAAAUAUCUCUGGAGACGUGGUAGCAAUAAUAAUUAAUCUAGCUAGAUGAAUAUAUCAGCUCAAUGUAGUAAAUGAUGAUCGAGGAAGAACACGAGAAGAAAAACCACACUGUAUUUGGGAGAAAAACAACUACAUGGGUCGCAAGUGGAAGUAAUCGAGGAAGGCUUCCAGUCGACGACUCGGCUCAUAACAUUGAGAUCAGUUUUUUGGGCCAUAUCAAGACUUUCUGAGGAAUUGCAGGGACGUUUGCAGUGAAAUUGCUUUUUUUCUCAAGCCAAAAAGUGUGGACCCGACGCCACAAUAUUUUCUUUACGGAUCGUCGACUCAUAUUGGCAGGCAUGCCAGAGUCUUUGGUGACAUGCGGUUUUGUGCAAUUAGCUUAAGUUGGCUAGCUAGCUAUUGUUUUCCUUUCGCGAACUGCUGUCUUGCCAAACACAUUUAGUAAUAUAUUAUUCCAGAAAUGCAACAGGAGUCGACUGCAGUUUGCUAACUACAUUAGUAUUUCCAAAAUAAUAGAAGAGUGGACUUUCACUUUGCAUGGGCAUUACUUUAUCUAUAAAGUAACGUUGCAACUUGGCAAUAAUAGCUAGCUAGUUUAACUUUACUUGCUAGUGUGGUUUGGCUAGUUUGACUGCUCUCAAAUGAUUACGCUAACGCGUUCAAUGUUGGCUACUUACGUUACUACAGCAAACACCUUGGUACAGUAAGCUAGCUAGUUUUUCGAAUUGGCUGGUUGGCGGUGCUGUUCAAUGUCAAACUGGAGGAGAACCUAUCCAUCUUAUUUGAAGGCUUUUGGGAUACACCAUUUUUUAUUUGUACGAACAACACAUUUGCCCCCUUUGCCACAAUGUUCAAGCUUUGUCUUCAGAGAACUCUAGGAUACACAGUCUCAGCAAGAGCAGUGCUGGAAAGUGUCACUGCCGGAAAGGUUUUGAAGGUGUCCCACGUGCAAAGCUGUUGGAUGGGAACGCUCGGACUCAACGAGCAGCGGGAGCACCUGAACUCUCCAAAAAGAGCAAAAGAAUUCAUCUACAGCCUUCACCCCAAAGAAAGAACAUGUUUACUCAAAGAACUGCAGAGCUUUGAGUCCAUAGCUAUAGCACAAGAGACGCAAGAGACUUCACCGCUUACUCAAGCUCAGAUCCGAUACGUGCUCCUACACAAUGCAAUCCCCUUCAUUGGUUUUGGCUUCCUGGACAAUGCCAUCAUGAUUGCGGCAGGAACCCAGAUUGAGUUGUCUAUAGGGGUCACCUUUGGACUAUCGACCAUGGCAGCUGCAGCUCUUGGGAAUCUGGUUUCAGACCUGGCUGGCCUUGGUCUUGCAGGAUACGUGGAAAUCCUAGCUUCCAGGCUAGGAAUGCAGGUUCCUGACUUGACCCCCAAGCAGGCAGACAUGUGGCAGACCAGGGUUAGCUCGCACAUGGGAAAAGGCAUUGGAGUCACAAUCGGAUGCAUUCUCGGAAUGUUCCCCCUGCUAUUCCUAGGGGAUGAAGAUGAGCACAAGAAAAAAUAAGCACAAACAAACACCCCAAACUCUUAACAGCAUGUAAACUAUUUUUUUGGUCUUGCGUCAAUUGCAACAAGCAUCAGCAGCAUGAUUUUAGUUGAUCUCUAUCUCUGAAAACCUUCUCUAUUUCAUUAUAUAUGCCAUUUACCAGACGCUUUUAUCCAGUGACUUAGUCAUGGGUGCAUACAUUUUACGUACGGAUGGUCCCGGUAAUCAAACCCACUAUUAUGGCACUGCAAGCGCCAUGCUCUACCAACUGAGCUACCAGAUAAUCUUCUGAAAAUAUAUUAUGAGCCAUUAGGCUUAUAAAGUAGUUGCAUUUGAUGGCAAGGUAUUUUCGCAGGAUGGAUUUCGUUGAUGGGUUGAACAUUUGUUUGAGAUUAAGUUAAACCAAUGUACACUACCGGUCGAAAGUUUUUGGAGCACCUACUCAUUCAACGGUUUUAAUUACAUUUUUUUACUAUUUUCUACAUUGUAGAAUAAUAGUGAAGACAUAAACUAUGAAAUAACAUAUGGAAUCAUGUGGUAACCAAAAAAGUGUUAUAUAUUUUACAUUUGAGAUUCUUCAAAGUAGCCACCCUUUGCCUUGAUGACAGCUUUGCACACUCUUGGCAUUCUCUCAAUCAACUUCAGUCUUGAAGGAGUUCCCACAUGUGCUGAGCACUUGUUGGCUGCUUUUCCUUCACUCUGCAGUCUGACUCAUCCCAAACCAUCUCAAUGUGGUUUAGGUCGGGGGAUUGUGGAGGCCUGGUCAUCUGAUGCAGCACUCCCAUCACUCUUGUUCUUGGUCAAAUAACCCUUACACAGCCUAGAGGUGUGUUGGGUCAUUGUCCUGUUGGAAAAACAAAUGAUAGUCCCACUAAGCCCAAACCAGAUGGAAUGGCGUAUCGCUGUAGAAUGCUGUGGUAGCCAUGCUGAUUUAGUGUGCCUUGAAUUGUAAAUAAAUCACUGACAGUGUCACCAGCAAAGCCCCCCCCACACACACUAUAAUACCUCAUCCUCCAUGCUUUACAGUGGGAAAUACACAUGCGGAGAUCAUCCAUUCACCCACACCGCAUCUCACACAGCGGUUGGAACCAAACAUCUCAAAUUUAGACUCCAGACUAAAGGACAAAUUUCUACCGGUCUAAUGUCCAUUGCUCGUGUUUCUUGGCCCAAGCAAUUCUUCUUCUUAUUGAUGUCCUUUAGUAGUGGUUUCUUUGCAGCAAUUUGACCAUGAAGGCCUGAUUCACACAGUUUCCUCUGAACUGUUGAUGUCUGUUACUUGAACUCUGUGAAGCAUUUAUUUGGGCUGCAAUUUCUGAGGCUGGUAACUCUAAUGAACUUAUCCUCUGCAGCAGAGGUAACUCUGGGUCAUCCAUUCCUGUGGCUGUCCUCAUGAGAGCCAGUUUCAUGAUGGCUCUUGAUGGGUUUUUGCGACUGCACUAGAAGAAACAUUCUGUUCUGGACAUUUUCUGUAUUGACUGACCAUGUCUUAAAGUAAUUGACUGUCAUUUCUCUUUGCUUAUUUGAGCUGUUUUUGCCAUAAUAUGGACUUAGCCUUAUUUGGUAAAAGACCAUCUUCUGUAUACCCACCUACCUUGUCACAACACAAGUGAUUAGCUCAAACACAUUAAGGAAAGAAAUUCCACAAAUUAACUUUUAAUAAGGCACACCUGUUAAUUUAAAUGCAUUCCAGGUGACAACCUCAUGAAGCUGGUUGAGAGAAUGCCAAAAGUGUGCAAAGCUGUCAUUAAGGAAAAGGGUGGCUACUUUGAAGAAUCUAAAAUCUAUAUUUUGAUUUGUUUAAUUAACACUUUUUUUGUUACAUAUUUCAUAGUGUUGAUGUCUUCACUAUUAUUCUACAAUGUAGAAAAGAGUCAAAACAAAGAAAAACCCUUGAAUGAGUAGGUGUUCUAAAACUUUUGACAGGUAGUGUAUGUGAUUAUCAUGAGUUAUUGCAAGUUACUCAUAGACUCAUCCCUGUUGGCCCACUGAUGGACUACACUGCAGUCAAUUGGUUUACAUUUUAUCAUGGAGUUGUUGGAAGCUGAAAUGAAAACACAAAUAAUGUUGUCAGUCUUCAAGUUUCACAAUUUUGGCAAAAGAUAAAACCAAGGAAAAUGUAAACUGUUACCUCGAUGGUAUUUUAUUUUUGUUCUGAUUGAAACAUCAACCGGUUGAACUAGCUUGUACAUUAUAGAAUAUUUUCAAAGGAUAUGUCUUUUGUUGAGGAAUUUCUGUACAAUAUAUGAUUGAUUUUUAAUUUUUUUGUCAACAAGGAAAAGGGGAUUACUUUAUCAUUUGACAAUCAGGUCACGAAUGCUGUUUAUAGCACUACCAACCCAGUUUUUCAGAAGUUACAAACAUACCUGUACUAUACACACACUACAUUGAGAAUGCAUAAUGCCGUGGGUUCCUAGGAUGUCAACAUCUUGAAUUGGCUAACUGUUGCUAACUAGCCUUCACAAUUAUUUUAGCAAAGCCUAUUUUCACAAUUGAAGUGCCUCAAGUUGUAUUUUUAUUAAUUUUUUUGACCUUUUUAAACACAAGCACACAGAUUUUUAUUUUGUGAAAAAGUAUUUAACUUCAUGUUUGAAAGCGUCAUUUUUAGUAUGUAAAUGUUUGCUAAUCUGCUUUAUUUUGGAGAAAUUAAGGAAACCGUUUCUGAAGUAAGCUGAACAAUUAAGCGUAAAACUGCACUCACUACAGUAUGUGUUCUAAAACAGGUUGGAUUUAUGUGGACAGAAGACGAGCAAUACAAUGUUUCUUAAAAUGCAAUUACUGCACCUAUUUUGUUGCCAAUAUUAUAUACUUUUUGUAGGAUAGCUACGAAUUUGUUUAUCUGAGACAACCAUUUACUUAUGGUGGUCUAAAAUCAGAUGUUUUAAAUAGAUGUAAUCAAACUAGUCAUUUGUGUGAAAGGAAAUUAUUUGUUUUCUGUCUAUUUGAAUAUCGGUAUUUGUUUUCUCAGUUUGCCUUUUUUGAUUUCAAUAAAUGCAGAACUUAAACUGGAAUGCCCCUCACCACACUGCUGUAUUUCCUCAUGAAUGUUCAUAAUGACCCUUUAUUAUUUAAACUAUUACUGCUAAAUGCAGUUUUGUUGUCAGCAAUGUACUUGGAUGUAAAAACACCAUUGCAGCACAACCAGACUAAUAAGAAAGUGUGCACCAAGGUGUAACAAAUGGUUUGAUAGUUUUGUUUGAAAGCAAUGAAUGUUGUUGUGGGUGAGUAGUAUUUCUGCAGUUUGGUCUUGAUCUCUCUACAUCCUUCUCUUUAGCACUAAUCGCCAUGCACAAUUUCCUCACCUCUGCCCUCUGGUGGCUGAAACAUUUGUAUCUGCCUCGGCUCAUUCCCCUUACUGCUAUUCCUCCUGGCGUUCUCUGGUCUUGCUUGUUGCACCAAUUUACCCUCCCGUGGAAUCUUUGUUUUUGUCUGAUUUCCAUCAAUUAUCUGAAUAGCCAUCUCCCCCGUCCUUGCUCUCCAACUCUUCGCUCUCCCUUAUUGGUUAUUGCGCCACCAUGAUAUCUCAGUAGACUUCUCCAUCUCUCGUCCUUGUGUCAUGUUUUUUCUUUGUCCCCAUUAAUGAACAUGCAAGAAAGUCUCAUGCUAAUGAGAAAGCUACCGGCAUUCAUUUAAACAAAUAUGGACUUGUCGUCCAAUGCUCUUCCCCACUACCAUGUGCAUAAAAUGUAUCUAUGCUGCCAUGUUUGCAUUUUAAAAUGUAUACUUGUACCAUUGAAGAGAAAAUACUUGUGUAAAAAGACUGACUGCUCUUGUAUUUUGCAACAAUGAUUUAAUAAAACAUGCAAACAAUG